AUGGACUUUACGCGUUACCAUCUUCGAAACCACAUGCACCUUCACGGGUCUUUCUUUGUUCCCUUGUUGCGUGCGAUCCUGUCGCGAACUGCGGCAGAAACACAGCUAGCUUUCUGACCGCUUUUUAGUUUUCUGCGCGCUGCCUUUGUUCUUGCACUUCGAGAUCCUUCGUACUACACCCGGAUCCUUUGUCUCGACAGCACAUCCUCGCAACUGACCAACACAGACCGCCGGCUGGGCUGGCUCUCGCGAGGUCUUCUGGCCGUUGGUCGCCAUCAGAGCUCGCGACAGGAGUUAUGCUCCGCGAGACUGAAGCAGAGCGAUGGCGGAAUACAAUGAGGAUUUAGCAAAAUGGUUUGAGGAGCUUCAGAAGAUCCCGUCCGAACACCAUCUGCUCUGUCCCAAGGUCGGCCCCGACGAUGACGAGGAUUACAAAACGCUCGACGACCCCGAGUCCCAUAUCACGGUCGAUGAGAAGAAACGCAGGAUUGAGGAUGGAGAGCGGCGAGUGGAGAUAACCUACUGGAACAGCCUCAUCUUCGGUUUUGAGAAGAAAGACGCUGGCCAGUGGCUGAGCGAGUUCACAGCUCGAUUGGAGUCAUGCCUAAAGGAAUGCCCUGCUUGCGUCCUGAACUGGCACAUGAAGCGCAAGGCCCAUCUUCAGAUGUUUGCUGAGCGAUGGAACGAAGAGUCCAUGGCACAUAUCGAAUACCUGCUGGACAAACUCGACGUGGCGCGAAUCGAGCACAAUAUCCAGUGGGCCAAAGCAUUCAUCGAAAAGAUCGAAGCCAGUGGAGCUGUGUUCAAGAAGACUCAGUUUGGCUCUCAUUUGUCAGAGGUCUUCAUCACCGUCUAUGAAGGGCUAUGCUGUGUCACCUACAUUGGACUGCCCGAACAGCGUUCGGCUUUUCAGUACGUCUUUAUGCGAUUGCAAGGCAAGACCCCCCUGAAGCUGGGCUCCAAGGACCCUCUUCCGGGUAUGACGUACUUUCUCUUCGACAUGAAGGUUGAGGACCGCCUCAAGUGGGCGUAUGAAAACUGGAAAGCGGUUGACAGCGCGUCGUUGACUGAGGAGCAAUUCGACUGGGCCGUCAGUGGUGGCCUGAUCAAGGCAAUAGAUGACAUCAGCCGCAAGGAUCUUUUCCAGGCGACCGUGGAAGACUAUCUGGACAUUGAGCGAUUUUGGUCCGGCUUUGAGUGUAUACUUCGAACUCUUAACGACGACUUGAUUCUCAGCCGGCUCCGGAGCCUCGAAGUACGCCCCGGCAAUCCAGACAUCUAUGACUUGCUGUUUCGGCAUAUCCAAUCCUGUCGCUCGGAAGGUGUCCUUGUGGCUACUAUUCGGAUACUCACCUCAUUGUUGAGACAGUCUCCUAAGGCAUUCUGGGACGCGGUGGGGGACGCGAAGCCCAAUGUCAUUGCAGACUUGAUAUUCAGCAGCCCCGUCUACAAAGCCCUGCUCCGUCAAUCGUUGGAGAGUUGCUGGGGCGGUAACGACCCGGAGAAUCCCGUUCCAUUUCCUAUCUCGUGGAUAUCUCCGUGGCUUCAGUCUUUGCGCCGAGAUCACAGGUUUGACGCUUGUGAGGUAUUGAUGCACACACUGUUCAAGAACCUCGCAAAGGAUGAGAGCAUUGGCGAACCGGGUCAUGCAGCAUGCGUUCGUGCCGGUUUCGAUGCCCUUACUUUGACACUCAACUCCUUUCUUGAAUCGAAGACCAGGAUCACGGGCACCACACAUCUAUACGCCAGUUCUGCUUUCAAUUUGGUCCUUCAAAAUAAGGAUCUCGUCCUCCAGAGUCUCAAGGCUCCCAAAGGGCAACACGAAGGUUGGACAACCUUGAAAGUUGCAGAUGCAGCGAAGACUGUUCUCCACACAGCACGAAAGCUAGACAUGAAGAUGCUGUUCGACGAAUUCCACGCCAUUCAUGAGGGGCAAGCGGUCCAGACCACCGUUCCGCGGGAUUCUGGAGCUUUUUGGGAGAGCCAUGUGGAGAUCUUCGACAUGUCAUCGAAUCAAGCUGUUCUUGCGAAGGCGAUUCUCUCUUGUUUGGAGCCAUUGGUGUCGAUCGAGGACAUUCGCCCCGAGAAAACCAAGAAACUGAGUGGUCCCGGCCUGCAUUUCAACAAGACUUUAAAGAGUGUCACCGACGUAAUUGUCCGUAUUCUGGGUCGGAUCUCCGAAUUAGACACCCCAGGACUUCAGACGCUCUUUGAGGACCGACAUCCCGUCCAAACCAUCGUCGGCUUAUCAGUUCACGACCAUUCUGACUUGGGAGAAGCCUCCAUGGAGGUCUUGAAAAGCUGGACCGGCGAGCUUUCUCGAGACUCAGCGCUGCAGCACAUGGCCCAACAGCAUGCGGAGCAAACCCUGUCAUCCAUCAUCUGGACCAUGGAACGGGUCGUUCGGCCGCCAUUUCCUUGGGACCCUAUCCGUCCGCUCCUGAAUGCCAGCCACAAUGUUUUACAAGGACUCGCAAAUCCGUCUUCCGGGCUCCUCCGCCAGACGACUCUUGACUCCAGGAUGAGUGCCAUGUUACUCCGCUGGUGGACUGAGCAGUGGCGUUUCGUCUCCAAAUGUUGUCUUAACAUCGAAGGCUGGUCGAUGGCUAUCGACAACAAAACAAUGACAGAGUUCUGUCGAGACAUCAUGGAGCUUGCUGAGGCUCUCAUCAAGGAGGAUGGCCUCCUUACCUCAGCCACCGCGGGGAGUAGGGGCCAGGCGGAAGCAAUGGUGAGUAUACUGCGGCCGGCGAAGGACAACUUCCGAGGUAUGGAGAACAUGAUCCGCCUCAAGGACCUGUAUCUCGUAGACACGACUGUUCGUGUCUUGCGCCAGAUCCUCACGCGCCUCCGUGAGAACGGUCUAGAGAUCAAUGCAGCAUCGCGGAAGCUGAUCAUGGACGCUUGCAUCCCAACAAGCGUCCCGGGCCGUUACCUGAGGUCAACCAACUUGAACGAUCGCCAACGUGCGGAACUCCUACGGGCCCUUGGCCACGAUGAGGAGGAUGUUCAGAUCGUUCAGAUUGGCGUUGCAACUCGUGCUCCCAAUCGCACACCGGAAAUAGGUCAUGAGAGAUCGAAAAAGCAGAGCAAACUUGAUGCCUGGUCAAAGUCUGCCGCCGCCGCCGGAGCGUCUUCUUCAACUGUGCAGCCUGGCAGAACCAACCGGUCAGACGUUCUCGAACUUAGCAAAUCUCUUGAGAGCCCCGUCUUGAAGCAGAUCGCCGCGCGCCAAUCAAAGACGGCAGACAAGCCAAAGACGUUGGAUGCUAAGGCCAUCUCAGCGCUGAAAGAGAGCAGGCAGAGAGAAAAGGCAGAGAAGGCUCGUCGGGAUGCUGAGGCGAUCGCAAAGGCGAGACGCCUCCGAGGAGAAACCGUGCCGGGUGAAGGAUCUGGCAUUCAUGGCUUGAGUCUCACCGGAAAAGACCAUUCAAGAAGUGAGAUCAUGGUCAACAGCUCCGACGAGGAGUCCAGCGCCGAGAGCGACGAUUCGGAUGCCGAUACCCAGCUCGCUGCUCUUAGCACGGGUGGUGAGAAGAACCUCGACGAACAUGAGAAGCGAAAGCUGCAGGCCUUGCGCGACAAGAUUCGACGUCCCGUCAAGAAGAUUCGACAACAGCGUUCUGUCAAAGAGAUGAGAGCACGCUUGAUCCCGCCCAUGGACAGAUUGCACAACACAAUUCUUGCGUGGGACAUCUUCCAUGAGGGUGGCGAACCUCCAAGUGGCCCCAAAGCGUCUGAGGUCGCUACAAAAUAUGCCAACCCAAUGUCUUACCAGGAGACUUUCUUUCCACUAUUAGCAUCUGAGGCAUGGCGAGCGUUCGUCACUGCGAAGGACGAGAUAACUACUCCGCCUUUUGAGAUGAAGACCGCAGGUCGUGCCAGCGUGGACAGCUUCUUGGAAGUCAGUUUCACGAUGCCCAUCGCGCAAAAUCGAGAACGUGUCGUGUCAGAAGGCGACAUUAUCCUGGUCUCGGAGGACCGGAGUCCAAUCAGAAACCCAGCAGCCAAGCAUUGUCUGGCGCGAGUGCAUCGUUUGACGUACAAGAAGGAUGUCGUAGAGGUCCUUUAUCGGGUUGCUUCUCACGCCAACCCUCUCUCGAAGGAUCUCGUCAAGGAGAACGUCGUUUAUGGAAUCAAAAUAACGAACAUGACAACCAUUGAGAGAGAGUACGCUGCCUUGGAGAGUUUGCAGUAUUAUGACUUGAUGGACGAGAUUCUCAAAGCCGAGCCGUCACCUAUUCUUCGUUACGGGGAUGAACGAAUUUCCAAUGCUAUGGGGAACUGGGCACUCAAUCGCGGUCAAGCCUUGGCUGUCCUAGGCGCGCACGAAAAUGACGGCUUCACUCUCAUUCAAGGACCACCAGGCACCGGUAAAACAAAGACAAUUGUCGCCAUGGUUGGCUCCCUUCUCUCGGAGCAGUUAUCUCAUCCAAACGCAGGCGUUCCUAUCGGCAACCCCAUGCGGCCUGCCAAUGGUGUGAACACUAGUCGGUCAAAGAAAUUGCUCGUAUGCGCUCCCAGUAAUGCCGCCGUGGACGAGCUAGUGCUACGGUUGAAAGCUGGUGUGACGACGAUGAACGGAAAGACUCGCCACAUCAAUGUCCUUCGUCUGGGUAAAAGCGAGCGGAUAAACGCAGCCGUCAAGGACGUCACUCUCGACGAACUCGUGCGAGUUCGGCUCGAGGGUGAUACUACCAAGGAAAAAGCAAAGGCCGACAGAGAAAAAUUGCAUGCCGAUGCAGCAAGGAUCAAGGAAGAAUUGGGCCAGCUCCGGCCGCGACUGGAAGAAGCUCGAGAGCAGGAAGAUCGGGCCGUUGCCAACAGUCUGUCACGAAAGUUUGACGAGCUCAAGAGCCAGCAGAUCCAGAUUGGAAAGCUUAUCGACGCCGACAAGAACAGUGGCAACUCGAUUGCGCGAGAAAUGGAUGUUCGCCGCCGGCAGGUGCAGCAAGAAAUCCUCAAUUCGGCGCACGUGCUCUGUGCGACACUGAGCGGUAGUGGUCACGAGAUGUUUCGCAAUCUGGAGGUGGAGUUUGAGACCGUCAUCAUUGACGAAGCGGCCCAAUGCGUGGAGCUGAGCGCCCUCAUCCCUCUGAAGUAUGGAUGCUGCAAAUGCAUUCUCGUCGGCGACCCGAAGCAGCUGCCCCCAACCGUUCUGUCCCAGUCUGCAGCUCGGUUCGGCUACGACCAAAGUCUGUUCGUGCGAAUGCAGCAGAACCAUCCAAAUUCGAUCCAUCUGCUGGACAUGCAAUAUCGCAUGCACCCCGAGAUUAGCAUGUUUCCCAGUAGGGAAUUCUACGAGGGCCAGCUACGCGAUGGACAGGACAUGUUUCAGCUCCGUCAGAAACCUUGGCACGGCAGCGAGCUACUCGGACCAUACCGCUUCUUCGACGUCGAGGGUGUCCAGGAGAAGGGGCACAGAGGCCAAUCCCUCGUCAACAUCAAAGAACUGGAGGUUGCAAUGCAGCUCUACGAUGCGUUUAGCAAGAAAUACGCGGAAUGUGACCUGCGCGGCAAGAUAGGCAUCAUCACGCCCUAUAAAGCACAGCUCUUCGAGCUCCAGAGGCGAUUCCAGAAAAGGUUUGGCGACAACAUCCUGGAGGCCAUUGAAUUCAACACAACGGAUGCGUUCCAAGGUCGCGAAUGCGAGAUCAUUAUCUUUUCGUGUGUGCGUGCAAGCUCCACUGGUGGCAUCGGCUUCAUGACAGAUAUACGCCGUAUGAAUGUCGGUCUCACGCGAGCCAAAUCAUCGCUGUGGAUUCUGGGAGACUCCCGGGCUCUCGUGCAGGGCGAGUUCUGGCGCAAGCUCAUCGAGGAUGCUCGCAGCCGGGACCGAUAUACUCGCGGCGAUGUGUUGUCCACGCUUCGCCGGCCAUUGGAGCAGGCCAAGCCAGGCAGCUUCGUCCCGGUUGCCCCGGUCGCCGUAUCUAGAGAGAUCGAGAUGACAGGCGUCGUUCUGAACGAUCCAAAACCGACCGCAGGCGUCAUCCCAGGCGAGAGGCAGUUGGCAGGCAGUGGCGGGGCGAAUGCCAUGCAUGAGCCAGGUACAGCGAACGUUCGAUCAGGCUCCGGGCUUCCUGUUAUACACAGUUCAGAUUCGACAACCAAGAAGAGACCGAUCGACAAUACAGCCCCUGGUGGACCGGGUCCGAAGCGGGCCGCCAACGACAAGCCGCGCAGCGGGUUUAUGGCAAAGUUUGGCCAGAAGCCAAGCAGGCCAUCGACCGCGCCAAAAGAUCCUUCGGCCAUGUCAGUGUUGGGAAUGACGCCGCCGGAACGACCUCCGGCGCCGCUGCUGGCGAGCUCCACAGCAUAUCCCAUGAAGGAAUCAAGUUCAUCUUCUCUACCAACUGUUCCAGCAACGGGCGAUAAGCCACCCCCCAAACCUAUCGCCGCACCAGUGCGGAAAAAGCCGAAGCCGAGCCUUUUUAUGCCCAAGAAGCGUUAAAUCUUUGGUACAUUUUAGGAGAAGUAGAGGAAUCCUUGGGUUUCUGAUACAUGGAUCGGGAUGCAUUAUUAAUAAGCGACUACGCGGACGCAGGGACGUCAGGAGCAUUGCAAGGCGUUGUCGAGGUUUAGAUGUUGGGCAUUGCAUCUUCGGAGGACGCAUAGCGACGGCAGGUUCAAAUUUGAUUUGCCAGCACGGUAUGAAUGGAUAUAUGAAAUAGAUCUUCAGCAAACUCGCAGACUGC